GAGUCAGGAGAAACAAUUGGGCUGCUUGGGAGAGAAAGCGAAGCGUUUUGUGUCUGCCAAGGGAAAUAACCCCGAAGUCUAGAGCACAGCUGAAGUCUGAGGGGGAUUGGGAGGUCCUCCGCCUCCCCCAUCUCCCUCACCACCCCCCUCCCCCGAUCUCCAAGCUGGGCAGGAGCAGGAAGCUAGAGCGGCGGUAGCCGUUGCUUUGCUAACAUUGAGAGACAGCGCCUGUCAUGCUUUUGAGCAGCAGCCAGCUCCCUUCCUCCUCCUCCUCCUUCUGUUGCUGUGCAGCAUUGGGAAUAAUCGCCUUGCCAUUGCAUGGAGGAGCGGAAGCCUUUGCUAAGGAGAUACCUGAACAAGCUCUGAGGAGAGCCUUCGCUGCGGCUGCUGUCUGAGCUCUGCUAAGGGGGAAGAACAAGGCGGAGUAACCGGCGUUGCUUUCUGGGGACUCCAGGCUGCCAGAAUGAGCUGAGCUCACUUGUCUCUUUGCCCAAGUGGCUGGAUGGCUCAAGAGGCGGGGGGCAAACUUGGAAAGGCCGAAUGCCUCUGGGAACUGUGGCUGUUCUUCCUGGCUUCCGGGACACCAUCGCCGCCCGCGCUGCUGCUGCUCUUGGCGGAGGCAUCUUUGCACAAGGGGACUGAAGGCUGCAAAGGCGGCUGCUGGUGGUGGUUCUUCUAACGCGGUCCUAAUGCCUGUCACUUCCCGGGACGCGCUGGUGGCGGCAAGCGGGAACCCCCCGAGUCCUGCUAAGGCUUGCUUACCUUCUCCCGCCAUCUGAUUGGAUACGGCCGGGCUCUGCGUGGGACAGCAGAGCUGUGUUGAGGGGUCUCGGAAACCAUGGGUUAUUGCAGCGGCAGGUGCACGCUCAUCUUUAUCUGUGGCAUGCAACUGGUAUGUGUGCUGGAGAGACAGAUAUUUGAUUUCCUGGGUUAUCAAUGGGCACCAAUCUUGGCAAAUUUUGUACAUAUUAUUGUAGUCAUUCUUGGCUUAUUUGGAACCAUCCAAUAUAGACAUCGCUACAUAACAGGAUAUGCUGUCUGGCUAGUCCUAUGGGUUACAUGGAACAUAUUUGUUAUAUGUUUCUACUUGGAGGCUGGGGACCUAUCAAAGGAAUCAGAUCUCAUUCUGACUUUCAAUAUCUCAAUGCACCGUUCUUGGUGGAUGGAAAAUGGGCCUGGCUGCACAGUGACAUCCGUGACCCCAGCCCCAGACUGGGCCCCAGAGGACCAUCGCUACAUCACUGUCUCAGGGUGUGUUCUUGAAUACCAAUACAUAGAAGUUGCUCACAGUUCCCUUCAGAUCUUUCUUGCACUGGCAGGAUUCAUCUACGCCUGUUAUGUUGUGAAAUGUAUCACCGAAGAAGAGGACAGCUCUGAAUACCCGAUGAUGGGAGGAAGAUUGGUCUACUGGCUCCCUGGAGCAAACCAAAUUGAUUUCAUAGGAGGAUUUGACUCUUACGGCUAUCAAGGCCCUCAGAAGACAUCUCAUUUACAACUACAGCCCAUGUACAUGUCAAAGUGACACAAGUAAAGCAUGUGGUUGAGUGGAAGGACCUGUCCAGGGACUUAUUCCAGUCUGGCCUCCUAUGGGUUCCCAAUUUUUUCUGUUUCAGUAUAUACAGGACCAGGCAUACUUGGAGACGGAGACAUCUCUUUCUAACAAGCCCAGAGAAGAGUGCACAAGAUUCUUCCUUUCUCAUUCUGGAAUCUCAAAUUCUCAUACAGAAGGUUCAAACAGAGAAGCAGUGAUGCCAUCUUCUGGCUGCAAUCUACUUUCCCCCCUUUUCCUUCUGUCUCCUCCAUUUGGUUCUUUCUGAGGUUCUUUUGUACUCUGUCUGGAGCCGCAUCUUCUUAAUAAAACACUAAAGAUACUGCGAUGACCUUGAAACAAGAAGUCAAUAGGCAGCAAGUUGAUUGCCCUAAAGGCUGGAAUAGUAUAUACUUGCCUUAACCCAACCUAAGUUGCACAUCAGAGAAAUUCAGUGUGGGCUUUCUGAAGCAACUUCCUUUAGGCUCAACAUGCUGUUCAUUAAUUCUAAAAGAUAUCUAAGGCUGUGUCAGGUAACCGACUCUGCUUCUGCCAGAGUCGGCUGUGUAAGAAAAUCAUCAGAGAGUAAGUGCUUUACUAUGAAGCUGCCAGAGUGGCCGGAAUGUCAACACUGGGCUCUUGGGAGAGUUGUAAAAUGCAGAAAAAGGAACUUUUACCAAUUUCUGGAAAUAAACAACAAAAACAGUGCUCCUUAACCCCACUGUUUUUAUUUACUGCACUCUAAGUGCUUUUA